AGAUAUUACAAAUGCGAUGUUAUCAUUGUAGGUAUUAUAAUUGGCCUUACCAUUGGAUUUGGUGUGUUGAUUCUUAGCUCGAUUGUAAUAGCUAUCAUUAGAAGAUGGAAAAGAGAUGUCCAUAAAAAAAUACGGAGAAAAUAUUUCCAAAAGAACCAAGGCCUCCUCCUAGAACAAUUGAUAUCAUCAGAUGAAAGUGCUAGUGAGAAGACAAAGAUUUUCUCCAUAGAAGAGCUAAAAAGGGCAACAAAUAACUUUGAUUCCACACGUAUCCUAGGGCAUGGAGGACAUGGCACUAUCUACAAAGGUAUCUUAUCAAACCAACAUGUGGUAGCCAUAAAAAAAGCCAAAGUCAUAAAGGAAGGUGAGAUCAACGAUUUCAUCAACGAGGUUGCCAUACUUUCUCUAAUAAAUCACAGAAAUAUUGUUAAACUCUUUGGAUGUUGUCUUGAAACUGAGGUCCCCUUAUUAGUCUAUGACUUUAUCCCAAACGGUUCAUUAUUUGAACUUCUUCAUCAUGAUUCAAGUAGCACAUUCCCAUUGUCAUGGGGCGACCGCUUAAGGAUUGCAGCAGAGGCCGCAGGAGCUCUAUGCUAUCUACAUUCUGCAGCAUCUAUAUCGAUCUUCCACCGUGAUGUGAAGUCCUCUAAUAUACUGUUGGAUGCAAAUUAUACCGCUAAAGUUUCGGAUUUCGGCGCUUCAAGAUCUGUUCCAGUUGACCAAAGCCAUGUUGUUACAAAUGUACAGGGCACGUUCGGUUACUUGGAUCCAGAAUAUUACCAAACCGGGCAGCUAAAUGAGAAGAGUGAUGUCUACAGCUUUGGUGUGGUACUCUUGGAGCUUCUUCUAAGAAUGCAACCUAUUUUUACAACAAUGUCAGGGAUGAAACAAAAUUUGUGUACUUACUUCCUUUCGGAGAUUAAGACCAGACCAAUUAUAGAUUUGGUAGAUCCUCCGGUUCUUGACAAGGCAAAUGAAGAAGAUAUUAGACAAGUUGCCUCCCUUGCUGAGAUGUGCAUAAAGCUAAAAGGUGAAGAAAGGCCUACAAUGAGGCAAGUAGAGAUAACACUGCAGCUUUUACGAACAGAAAAGAUGACCCCAUCACAUGUUAGUCCAGACAGAAACCAAGAGAUAGAAUCACUACUGACUCAAGGAGCCAUUGACCAAGUGAUUCAUGCUUUAGUAAAUGUUGACAGAGCUAAUGUAGCAUCUCAACGCUCUCAAACCUCAUGCUAUAGCUUGGAGAAAGAAUUCUUGUCAUCUGCUAGCCUACCACGGUAGAAGUGUUUAUCCUUUGUCCCUUGUGUUUGGCGUUCUUUGUACUUAAAACAUUUCCUGUGUUCAUAGCACAAAUUUACAUACAUGUGUACCGUUUAUAUUGUAAUGUUUGUAUAUGGUAGUUGUACUCGGUUCAGUAUAAACCACAUCUUAAUGUAUGGACUCAAGAAUGUUUAUUGCAUAAUAUUAAUUUAGAGGAUUAA